AUGAGCAGCUAGCUAGCCGAAGCCGACACACCAAAAACUUCAGAAAGAGCUUUUGAGUUUCAGCUAUAUCUCCCACCUCUUUAAAGCCACCAAGGGGAAAUCCUAAAAAACCUCUUCAAAAACUAGAUAUAUGUGACUGGUGACUUCACCUUCCCUGGUAUUGAAGUUCAAGAACUUCAAAAUCUGGCUUCGAACCACAUCAGAUUCAAACUUUUCUCAUUACAGACUGCAGUCAAAACUGACGACUCACUGUAUUCAUACGAAGCAGCGCAGUAGAAAAGGAGAAACGUGAAGGAGGUUCGUUAAAAGCAGUGGAAAGGGAAGUGAGGAACAUGGCAGAACUAAGCAUGGGAUUGCUCAUUGAUAUUGUUGAUGAAGAAUGGAUGAGAGACACUCUCCCAGAUGACGAUCUUCUGUUACCUCCUGUGUUGGAAGCUCGGACCGAUGACAGUGAAGAUACUAAUCAAGAGACUCAACCAGUGGAUGGAGAUACAUGGCAUGAUCUUGCCCUAGGAAAUGUACCAUAAGCAUCCUUUUUAUGGUUAUGCAGUCCGUGCAGUAGUUACAGAAGAGCAACUUGUGUUAUGUAGCAUUGUGUAGUUUGAAGUGCGACUCUCAUAAGGACCUGCCAAACCUUUUAUCAACUAGUGGUUAUUUCUUAAACGAAUUGCAUUUCAAUGUAUUCCUAUUUUCAAAGAGUUGUUUAACAUGCCAAAGAAAUAAACAGAGCAGGUUUUGUGAUUCAA